AUGAGACCUAUUAAGUUGAUGGGACACGAGCGUUCGUUGACGCAGGUCAAAUUCAACAGAGAAGGUGAUCUUCUUUUCUCUGUCGCCAAGGAUUCUUCCGCCUCCAUCUGGUACCUGUCCAACGGUGAGAGACUUGGAACCUUGGAGGGUCAUCAAGGUACCAUCUGGUCGAUCGACGUUGACAGCAAGACCUUCUUGUGUGCCACCGGAAGUGCCGAUCUUACCAUCAGAUUGUGGAAGGCCGAGACCGGUGAAUGCGUUUACAAGUGGGAGACUUCUUCCCCAGUGAGAAGAGUCGCCUUUUCCCCAGACAACACCAAGCUUUUGGCAGUUACAGACAAGGUCAUGGGAAGCAAAGGUGCCAUUUCUAUCUACAAUAUCAACCAGGACGAUCUUCUGAACCAGCCUGCCGAGCCCAGCCUCGUCAUCAACACCAGAGAGGAUGCCACCAAGGUCACCGUUGCUGGAUGGUCCGCUGAGGGCCAGUACAUCAUUGCCGGUCACGAAGACGGUUAUGUCAGUAAGUAUGACGGCAAGACUGGGGAGUUCCUUCAAACAGUCAAGGCUCACGGAAUCCACAACGAGGAGAAGAUCGUCUCCAUCACCGACAUCCAGUUUGCCCCAGAGGACAAGCUGUACUUCAUCACAGCAUCCAAAGACAAGAACGCCACCUUGAUCGACGUGGACACCUUCGAGAUCAUGAAGGUUUACAAGGCUGAUGCGCCAAUGAACACCGCUGCCAUCACCCCCAAGAAGAACUUUGUGAUCUUGGGUGGUGGUCAGGAAGCCAGAAAUGUCACAACCACGGCAGAGAGUCAGGGUAAGUUUGAGGCUAGAUUCUACCACAAGAUCUUCACCGAAGAGAUUGGCAGAGUGAAGGGUCACUUCGGUCCUUUGAACACUGUCGCUGUUCACCCAGAUGGUGUGGGCUAUGUGUCUGGAGGAGAGGACGGUUUCAUCAGAGUUCACUACUACGACAAACUGUACUUUGACUUCGAGUUUGAUGCCGAGAGGACCGAGCGUGUGAUGGCCCAGUCUCAGGCCAAGGCUCAGGAGGCAUAA